ACAUGACUUUGAUUUCUAACAAUUGAUACCCUAGUUUUUUCUUCAGAGAACAAAAGAGGAGUUUGUAAACUUGAAUUGGAGCCAAGGAGACCUGCAGAAAGACCAAAUAUACUAGCAUGGGAACAGAAAAACACAGUUUUUUUGCCAGAGGAUUUGAAGAGUUUCUUCAUGACAUCUGAUGGAUUUCAGUUAACAUGGUGUGUUAAAAUUGAAAAUGGGCCUAUACCUGUUGGAAAGAUGUAUCUGAACAGUAUUAGCAAGAUGCUCAAGUUUGGUGGUUCCACAAAUAACACUUUAGUCAAUCCAAGUCUAGCUGACCUUGAUGCAGACUCAGAUAAUGAAGAUGAAACUUCAGGGACAGAAAAACCAACAUUCGAUUGUCGAUGUAAGAUAUUUGAGUUAGAUCCCUGUGACGGUUAUGGAAAAGUCUGUCUUGUGUAUAAAGAAAAUAAAACAGAACCAGAAUAUAAAAAGUCAGCUGACAUAGUCUCAAAAGUGUAUACCUCCGAUUACAUGAAUUAUGGUGGUACAGAUCCAAAAAUAGAAGUGUGGUUCCUGGACCGAGCCUUGCGCUGGCACUACAUUGCAGAGUCAUUCACAGCGUACUACCGGCUAAUGAUCAUGCACCUUGGACUGCCACAGUGGCAAUAUGCUUUCACAGAUAUUGGACUCUGUCAACAAGCAAAGCAAUGGUUUAAUAUGUAUGCUCCACUCCGCCUCGAACUUGAUGCAGAGAUUGGCAUGCCAGGUAUUUCAAGAUCAGAAUCAAGCACCUCAACAACACAGAUUGAUGUAGGGAAAGUUUUCAAAGGAAAAUCAGAUAAAAAGAAACCUGUUCCUGCCCAGACACAGUCUCAGCAAUCGCAAAGUCUCCGGAAAAAACCAACAGUAGCCUCAGCAAAGGUUGGCCAACAACCAGGGUUAAAGACAAGCAGUUCAGCAUCGCAGUUAGCUGGCAAGAAAUGAAAUAUUUUGUAGCUGUGGGAAGAGUUUUUCUGUUUGCAACCAUACACAUGUAUGUCAGUAAUGCCUCAGGGCUUUACUGGUCAGUUAAAACGCAAGAGAGAUACACUUUCCACUAACAUGAUGCCAUGAUACAAAAUAUCUCCCUGUAAAAUUCUUCAUCUAAUAUUUGAAAGCACUGUUUAAAAUUUAAUAAGGUUUUCUAAUAAAUUCAACUUACGUGUACUUUGUUACUUAAUUAGAAACAAUGAUUGAUGUUUAGAAAUGUCAUACCUUAAAACUUUAUAAGAUACAUGCUUAUUUUUGAAAAGAUUGGGCGUUUAAAAUUUACAAUCAUGUAUAAUUAUGUAGUUUUUUACACGGAUCACGGAUUUCUAUGUUAGGAUGUUCAUAAAAUAGUUUUUAACUUUCUUAUAGUGAUAUACAAGAUAAACUUGCAUGAGGGAUUAAAUUUUAACUUCAUGAGGUUUUGUUUGAAAAUAAGAUGUCUUUGCAGGGAAUUAAGGUUGCUGACUUCAAAAUUCAUUAAGUGCAUGAUGACUAAAUGACAACAACAACAACAAUCCGUAGAUAUAUUUUGAUUUGUCUUAUAAAUCAGUUGAAUUUCUAGAGCAAACUGGACCAGUAGAUGUGUAUUAUGUAAUAUUGUAAAAUAAAAUCUUGAGAAAGUAUGACCCCUUGGAAGCAUUAAUCAUAAGAAAAUAACAAGAAAAACGCAGACUUCGUUUGAUAGGGUCUGUACAUGAGGGAUAACAAAAAAGUGCAACAUCCCUGUUUAGUUUUUGUUAUAAUGGAAUAUUUGCCUUGUAAAUGAUAAUUAUAUUUAAAAGUAUGCAGUAAUUGAUUUUAUUCUGUUACUUUGAAAUAAUUUUAUUAUGCCCCCGCCAUGUAAUGGCCGGGACAUAUAGUGUUACCCUGUUCCGUCCUUCCGUCAUUCUGUCAUUCCGUCAUCAUCAGUUUCCGUUCAUUAUCUUUAGAACGGUUGCACACAUUCAACUCAAAUUUGACAUAUGGAUAUGUCAUGAGAAAAUACAGGUAAAGUUCGAAUUUGGUCAUGGUUCUAUGAUUUUUGGCAGAGUUAUGCCCCUUUUACUUUGAAAAUAAUAUGAAAUUUCAGUUUUCGUUCAUUAUCUCCCCAACGGUACAACACAUUCAACUCAAACUUGGCAUAUGGAUAUGUCAUGAGAAAAUACAGGUCAAGUUCGAAUUUGGUCAUGGUUCGAUGAUUUUUGGCAGAGUUAUGCCCCUUUCACUUUGAAAAUAAUAUGAAAUUUUCAGUUUCCGUUCAUUAUCUCCCCAACGGUACAACACAUUCAACUCAAACUUGACAUAUGGAUAUGUCAUGAGAAAAUACAGGUCAAGUUCGAAUUUGGUCAUGGUUCGAUGAUUUUUGGCAGAGUUAUGCCCCUUUUACUUUGAAAAUAAUAUGAAAUUUUCAGUUUCCGUUCAUUAUCUCCCCAAAGGUACAACACAUUCAACUCAAACUUGACAUAUGGAUGCGUCAAAGGAAUGCGCAGGUCAAGUUCAAAUUUGGUCAUGGUUCAAUGAUUUUUGGCAGAGUUAUGCCCCUUUCACUUUGAAAGUAAUAUGAAAUUUUCAGUUUCCGUUUAUUAUCUCCCCAAUGGUACAACACAUUCAACUCAAAUUUGACAUAUGGAUAUGUUUUUGGAAUGCCCAGGCCAAGUUCGAAUUUGGUCAUGGUUCAAUGAUUUUUGGCAGAGUAAUGCCCCUUUCACUUUGAAAUAUUAAUAUGAAAUUUACAGUUUCUGUUCAUUAUCUACCCAACAGUGUUACAUAUUCAACUUAAAUUUGACAUAUGGAUAUGUCAAAGGAAUGGGCAGGUCAAGUUGGAAUUUGGUCAUGGUUUGAUGAUUUUUUGGCAGAGAUGUGUCCCUUUCUUUUUGAAAAUAAUAUAGAAUAAGCAGUUUAAGUUUGAAUUUGGUCGUGGUUCAAUGAUUUUAGACUAACUUAUCUUUCCUGAAUGUUGGAAAAAUUUUGAACUUUCAGUUUCAGCACUCAUACUUUUAGCCAUUAUUUUGGCUACAAAUAUGCUAUAUGCUAUUUUUAAAAGGUUAAGACUGAAUAAUUUCAGUGCCUUGAACAUUGUAUGAAAAUGGUUUGUGUUAACAUUGAAAAGUUUUAAGGGCUUUGAACUUAAAAUGAAAAAAAUAAUUAAUGCACCAUCUGAAAUUUUGGCUGCAUGCGGGGGCAUCCGUGGCAUGAUGACACAUUUCUAGUUUGUGUUGAGAUAUGCUUUAAUUUGAAUUGCAUGAUAAAUGUACAUAAAAAUAAUACUGUUGUGUCAGAAAUUACAUUUAGAAGUAAUACACUCUACGGUAUAUGUAUUUAAGAUAUAUUAUGAUUAUAGAAUAUUUUUCUGCCUGUGAUAAUGUGCUUUUAUUAAUUUGAUCACUAUUUUUAAUAAAAUGUGCAUAACAUUUUGUAAAUCA